AUGGUCAAAUCGACCUCCAUCGCUCGUAUCCAAGACGGCCUCCCGCUCGCCGCUACAGUCGACGACGAACAAGCCGAAUCAGCCCUUCUCACACAAAAGCAGCAAGCAAAACAGCUCUUUCGUAAACUCGCCAACACCACGGAACAAGCCGCGAGUGUCGAGUCGGGUCCUUACUUCCUCCACUAUAUGAUCGAAGAUGGGAUUUGUUACUUGUGUAUUGCGGAUAAAUCUUAUCCUCGCAAACUCGCCUUCAACUACCUCUCUCAAGUAGCAAAAGAGUUUGCUACGAGUUAUGGACAAGAAGCACAGAAGCAAGGUUUGAGGCCGUAUGCCUUUGUGCAAUUUGAGAAUUACCUACAAAAGACCACACGCGAGUAUCUCUCUGCACGAAACAGCAACAACCUCGAUAAACUCAAUGAAGACCUCAAUGAUGUCACGCGUAUCAUGACACGCAAUAUUGAUGAUUUACUCAACCGUGGUGAAUCACUGGAUAAGAUGAGUACGUUGAGUAGUACCCUACGCGAUGAAAGUGUCAAGUACCGAAAAGCAGCGCGGAAUGUCAAUUUGAAGGCCAUGUUGCGGGAGUAUGGCUUGUAUGCUGGCUUGGUGUUGUUCUUGCUGUUGAUUGUGUACUGGCGAUUGUUCUAG